CUAAACAAUUAAAAUGAAAUGAACCUAAAAUAAUGCAUUGUUGCAAAUGAAUGGGGGGAAAACAUAUUUGAUUUGUUGUUGUGAGAAAGCUGGUGCCGACUAAUACAAUUGGUGUUUAUAAAUACCACAUACUAUAUGUGGCAUUGCUUUACUAAUAGACCACGUCAUUCGAGCCGGUUUAUGAGCGCCCCCUGGAGAAAAUAAAAUAGGGUUGUGUUUGUAAACAUGGCUGCAUCCUUAUUAUCAUGCAGGCACAGAUGAGCUGUGGCUGUGCUCGUGUUCCUCCUCUCUAUCAUAUCAUAUGCUCUCCAUUAUAGUCUCCAUGAUCCCAAGAUGAGGAGAAGACGCCCCCCUCUGCCCUGUUUACAUGUUACACAUGGUCUGUCCUGCCCCUCCCCCCCUCACCCUGCACUCAACCUGCUGCUGCCAAAAUAUGUGAAAGUCAAUUUAAGCCCAGCCUCUGAGCCUUAUUUCAGACUGUACACCGUCAUGGUCGGACCACCGCACAGCCUCUGUAGCCGCUAUUCUUUUACUCGUGAAAACAGCCUUUUGCACUGACACUUCUGUCCUCUCCCACUCUGCUCCUGACCCUCUACCAUUCCGACCACGAGCCUCAGAUGUCUCUUCCAGUGGUGCUGCCGGGGUCUUGCUGUCCGGUUACGGGGACCUCGCAGCUCGCUGAGCCCUUCUGUCGAAACCGACCCCGCGGCUUGUCUGCUUCCUCCCGGGUCGCCAGCGGUAAUUCUCGGCUACUUCUUCCCGGCCGCCCGCUGCUCUCCCUGGGCUUGCUGCAGCUGCUGCUCGGUGGCUCCAUGGUGGCGCUAUCUUUCGGCGCUCUGUCUCUCAGUAACUCGCCCCCCAUCCGUAACUCGUGUCCGUUUUGGGCCGGCUCCUCGGUUAUUCUGUCUGGCAUUGUAGGACUUACGACAUGGAGGAAGCCUAUGCUUCUGCUGGUCAAUGUUUUUGUCCUGCUGUCUGUGGUCUGUGUGCUCCUCAAUCUGGCUGGAUUCAUCCUGUGCUGCCAAGGAGCCCAGCUGGUUUCCAGUAUGACCAGCUGCCAACUGAGUGAAGAUGGAGAUGUGUGUCACUGUUGUUCCCUCUCCCCCACAUCCAAAUGUCCAGAGGAGACGCUGCUGGAGCUCCACCCUGCCCACUCCUGCAGCACCAUGAGGAUUUUACUCAAGAAAGUGUUGUUUGCACUCUGUGCUCUGAAUGCUCUGACCACCGCUGUGUGUCUGAUGGCAGCUGCCCUAAGAUAUCUGCAGAUCUUCACAGCCAGGACACCCUGCCUGGAUGAACCGAGGGCCACAGUGGAAGAACGAGAAGAAGCUCCUCAGGUCCCAGACCCAGAUGAGUUUGUAGCCCCGGCCCCUCCUCCCUCCUACUUCUCCACCUUCUACUCAUACACACCACGUCUGGCACGACGGAUGCUGGGGAACAGUGUGAUCCCUCUGCCUCACAUCUACGGGGCUCGGAUAAAAGGGGUGGAGGUCUUCUGUCCUCUAGACCCCCCACCUCCCUAUGAGGCUGUUGCUGGCAGCAGCACUGAGGAGAAUGAGCAGACUGCAGCCACCACUGCUACUUCACCUCCACCAGCCUGUGCUGAAGACUUCAGUUCUCAGACAGUCUCUGCAUCACAUGAUGGUGUUCCUGAGGCCAAACCUCAGCUACAGCAACAGUCUCCUGCACUGGUGUCCAGGAAAAAGAAGAGGAUCCACCGCUCCAACAGUGACCCUGUGUUGAUGGACCUUGCUGCUAAAGUGUGGAGCAGCAGCCAAGCUCCCCUCGCAUCUCUCCCCGCCCCCCACACGACAGACUCCUCCACCCAGACCUCCCAGCCCACACUGGCUGCUAACACCCAGGCACAGGUCACCUUGCGACGAGGCAACAACGACAGCAGAAACCCCCGUCGACCUAGACCCUCGUCGAUGGUGGACUACCAGAGCUACAGACACACACAGGAGCUGGUCAGGAAGAUCCUGGAGCAGCCGGCGGCUCAGGGUCUGGCUCCUGAGGUCCAGGAGCUGGUGGACAGUAUCCGACACGUCCUGCAGUCGGACGAGGAGCACAUGGAGGAGGCCGUACGAUGUGCCAGUUACAUAGAACAGGCCUUCACCAGCUCAGAAAUGGGUCCAACUCAACCCAAACCUCCUCAGCAACAGCAGCAGCCUCUAGCCAGACCUUCCUUCCAGACCUUCCCCCACAAACACAGGCGGAGACCCAGGCUGCUGCACCUGCAGAGCUGUGGAGACCUCAGCUCCUUCACCUGUGCAGCCUUUGAGUCUCUGGAGCAUCGAAGAAAUGGCAGAAAAGUGGUGUCUAGAGCAGCGUCCAGAGCAGCGUCCAGGACGAGUUCUAGGGCGGACUCAAGGACAGGGUCUCGUCCAGAUCUUCCUGAUCGACCUCACAGUCUGAUAGGAGUCUUUAGAGAAACAGUGCUUUAAAGGAAACAACUGAACUAUUUUGUUAGCACAUGGUAGGAGGUGCCAUAAACGCGAUGAUGCUGUGUUAGCUGUUUGACGGGAUGCAACUAAUAGACUGCAACAAAAAAAGAGGGGAAAUCUUUGUGUUUGUGUGUGUGAGUGAGUGUGCGCCGAUAAGUGUGUGAUUUUUACUGUUAUUAAAAUUUGAGUUUUCUUUGUACUAAAAGCUCUUGUUCACCUUUAAUACGGACUCACUUUGUGAUGCGCUUUAACUGCCGCACACUCACAACAUAAUGAACUGCAGAAGAAGUGUCUGUUGGUCCACUUGGUAAAUGUUGCUGCACUUAUGGCAGUGUCAGGUCUGGAAGUGUUGCACUUUUCCAGACCAAAAACACUGGGAUACAGGAGAAAUUUGUUUUAGUUAGCUGCUUCUGCCACCUAGAGUUCACAAAGUAUGAGCAACAGCUAGUGAUGAGAGUUAUUUUGACUGCUGACACUACAGCAAAUACUGACAAUGUAAACACUUAGUUGAAGCCUCCACUGAGGACAUGUGACUCCCCCUGUACAGAAGACCCUGCUCCUUUGUUUUUGAUGAAAAUCCUGCUGUACAAAUAAAAUUAGAUUAACUAAA